CACUAAAUUUGUAUAUUCGAAAAUAAUGUCCAGUGUUAGGAAUCUGUUGUGUGUAACCAUUCUGGCAGUCUUGGCUAGCACGGGCUAUGCCAUCCAAUGCUAUCAAUGCAACACAUUUGGCAUUCCCGAAGCCUGCAAGAGUAAUGUGAGUACUUUGAUAGACUGCAGUACCGUUACACCUCCUGCUCACCUUAGCAAAGUUGGCGCUGCCACAGGCUGUUUGAAGCGUAUUCAAAAAAACCCGAGCAUGCCACGUCCGGAAACUCUAUAUAGCUGCCACUUUGGCGAUGUAAACAACAAACAGGGCUGCCAGUUGCCUGAAGAGUUGAAGCCACUGCGAUAUUCCGUAUUGUCCUGCCAUGUUUGCACCGAGGACAAGUGCAAUGGAUCGGCCUCUUUGUCUCCCAUUGGGGGUGCAAUAAUCCUGUUCUUCGGUGUGGUCCGAUUGUUGGCGACACGGUUAUUAGAAGUCUCAUUGACGGUUUUCCCCUAA